AUGCUGAAACGGGCUACACAGCGUCUUGUCCUCUUUGCCCAUUAUCGUUGUUUUUGUGUGGAUACGAUAUCUUCCGUUCCUCAUGCCUUUCCUGUACAUGAACAAUUCGUGGAAGAGUCAGAUACGCGUUCAAUUAAUCAGAAUCGACUAAAAUCCGUGGUUGGUUCUACUCAGAAGGACAAAGGUGAUCGAAUUGCUUGUGAAGCGUUCACAAACGCAGAUGGAUGCGUUCGUUCUUUUGCCCGUCAAUGUCGACCCGCUACCAGUAAAAAACUUGGUCCAAAGCAGAAGACACGCACCGAUGAAAAUACUCAAUUGUUGAUGAAUAACAAUACUCAGCAGCGGGAGACGUCGUCAACCGUGCUCUCAGUAAAGCCGGGCAUCGAAGUUGAUCUGGAAACAAAGCUUAAGAGAGCUAUGAGGCGCGAAAUGAAACGAAAUAACUACAAACAAGCCCUUGAUUUGUUUCUUGUCUUUAUAAAUGGAUCUAAUGGAUUUCGUUUGGCUACGGUGGGUGAAUUAAAACAAGAUGACUUCGGUAACGGCGCAACCCCGACGGUUAACUCGGAUGAGAAAAAAGCAUUGCACAGGUCUCGGCUUUCACGGCAUAACAAAUCAACUGCUUUCUUCCAAAGUUAUCGUGACUUUUGUCGAUGCUGUUCGCUUGCUCUGGAUUGUGUUAAUCAUCUAGUGCUUCCUCUCGAAGCGCGUCGUCUGUAUGAUUUGUUCCACAUGCACGCUAUUCCGUUCUCGCGAACAAUGUAUCAGUCCAUACUGAAAUGUAUCUGCUCCUCCAUCGCUUGUCCUCAAAAUUUUGUGGAUUUAAUAUUUCACAACAUUUCCGAUAAAGACGUUGAAGAUUAUCGGAUAUAUAUGCGAAGGCUAGUCAUGUUACAAGUGCCACCAGAACGUACAUGGUCGGUUGUGGAUCAAAUGCAUCGUGACCAUGUCUCUCUUGACGCAAGUAUUUACGAGGUGCUGUUUCGUGCAUUUGCAACUCAAAAGAACCACGGUGUUCACUUUUUUCGUGCACUAAAACAACUUUUACAAAGCAAGACCACGCUACUUCCGUCUACGUAUACUGUAAUUAUUCAACAGUUGUCUCGGUUACAAUGUCCACAACUUGUUUGGGUUGUGUUGCAAUACCUCAAAAAGCGAAAAAAGAAACUGACAACAGAUCAUUUAAAUCCGUUGUUGUUAAUGAGUUUACGAAGUCGCAACAUCGCCGAUGUACGGCUGUUUAUCAAAGUAUUGCGAGAUAACAGGCUUGUUCCUAAUGUAUCUUCCUUCAAUAUGCUUGUUAGUGCAGUUUUGAAUGAGACUGUUUCUAGUAUCAAUAUUGAAGAGGAACGAACUGCGUCCACUCCCACUGCGACGGAAUCAUGUUUCACCAGGCAGCUAGUGCAUGUAUUAAAUUCAUGCAUGCAUAGCUAUCAUGUGAACGCAGACUUAACUACUGCAAAUAUCAUAUUGACACAUAUUCAGACGUGUAGGGCUGCUGGCAGACUACCGUCACCUUUAUUGAAAGUGUUGUUGCCGUACGUUCAACAUUCAUGCAGCAGUACACCUCAGUAUUUGUCUACAGGAAAUUUACCGAGUCGACGUUGGUUCAUUCACUUGACAUUAAUUCUGCAUGUAAAGUCGAAGUCAAGCUCUGUAUCGAAGUGCACACAGCUUGUUAAUUAUGGGUUGUUUGAUGCAUCUCUUGCACGGAAUUAUCUCGAUUAUUUACUGAGAUCCAAGAAAACACAGCUUGCUUAUGAUUUUUUUGUUCAGUAUCUUACGAACAACGGGCAUAUAACGAUGGCAUUGGCAGACUUUGUACAUAUUUAUGUUCGGGGUGUCAUCCGUACUGGAGACGUUUCAAAUCUUGAGCAGGCACUCCAACAUGUACGUAGAAGUCAUCCGUUAGAACUUGGAAGCCACACCGUUUUGUUGUUAGUUUUGUACACUGAUUAUUGGCGAAUCUUUGAUAAUGCCUCUGAUCGGCUAAUGUAUUGGGUCGAAUACUGCGCUCGAUUCAAGUUAAGCCUGGAUGAGUGUCAUUGUACAUAUAUCGCAGAGUGGCUAUGUUCAAAUAAUUACACUGACCGUGCUAUUGACUGGGCUCUCAGUGCCCUUCGGCUAGACAAAUCGCGAAACUUGUUAUAUCCUUGGUUUUUACUAUGCUGCUGCUUAAGCCGAUAUCAUGAUGCAACUGCCUUUAUGGAAGUGCUGACAGUUUUAAACAACCGUCAAUGGCAUUUUCUACCACAAAAGUUUGCUUAUUUAAUUGAGUGUAGCAAACGUUUAUCUAACAAUGAUGUUCUAAAGGCAAAACUUGGUUCUCUAACAAGGAUUUUAAAUGAACGAACAAGCUAUUACAGAAAUUUGCUUUCGCAAAUGGAAAAAUCCAUCUGCGAUUGUUCUUGUGUUACGCCCAAAAAAUACUGA